UGCGAGCCAAGGCGGCCCGGGGCAGCAGCCGGCGGACAGAGGCGGCGGCAGCGGCGGGCGAGGGGGGAGCGACGACGAUUGGAUUUCGCGGUUGAGACCCUGUGAACCUCGGUCAUCUCGUGGCAUCGUCGCUUUCUGUUGUCCUCCUUCAUCACCAACCUCGUCGCUCUCGACUCUCUUCCUACUCUCUUUCUAUUCUGGCGGAGACUGCUCUCCCUUUCACCAUCUCGGAGCGGGUCACAGCAGCACGUUUCGACGAUAACGACUCCAUCUCUUCUCCUUGUCAUCCAGCACAGUCCUCCUCGUCAUCCUCCUCCUCCUCGUCGUCGUCGUAUCCACCUCACUCCUCUUCCCCUCACCUUCGAUCUUUGGUGAAUUUGCACUGCCACUCGCACUCACACUCGCGCAUAAGGUCCUUCCCACCCAUUCGAAGUCUUCGCGGCGACCAUGGUUGCGCCACCAGCAUCAGGUGACUCGUCAUCUCGCCGACGCAGCGAAAUUGCCGGAGGUGAAAGCCCGAAUCUGCGCACGCCUUACUCGCCCCACCUCGAGUCGGGCUCUCGUAUGCCGUCAUGGGCUGGACAGUCCUACCACGAUGGCAGCAGCGACAGGGCCACCUCACCUCUUGGUAGCCCGGGCCUCGAAGAGCCAGGCGUUGGCUCGCUGCGAUCUCCACCGAUGUCGUCUGUUCGCAACUCGCGCUAUUCGGCAGUUCCGGUCAGCGAGGAUGCAGGCCACUUUCCUCAAAGCGGCCGAUCGACGCCAGCAUGGCUCAACACAGACCGACGUAGCGGCGCCUUCUCGUCGGCGGCCUCGUAUGCCAACUUCAACGAGGCCGGGAUGCCAAGAGACAAGUCGCGCACACACUCUUUCAGCAGCACUGCCAUGCUUGGCCGCGACUACGAUUCUGUAGCGGGUCUCAAUGCUGUGGCCAUGGACAAGUACGAGGGCGGCAGCUGGGACCGCUCAAAAGAGCCAGGCGGUGGGAGUGGCGACGGUCAUCCUCGUGCAGCUCACCUCUCGCGGUAUGGCAUCGGCGCCGGGGCCUCGAAGCGCAAAAAGUGCAUCAUCAUCACUAUCCUUGCGGUCAUUGUCGCCAUCGUCGUCAUUGCAGUCGCGGUACCAGUCGCCAUCAUUUACGGCGGCGAUGGCGGCAGCGGCAAAGCCAAGGGCACAACGGAGACGGACGGGCAUGGCCAUGGCAAGAACGGCGAGCUGCUCACUACAGGUGGCAACGGCACCGUCAUCGACUUGGGCAAUGGCUCCAGCUUUACGUACAUUAAUCAGUAUGGCGGCUUCUGGGUUUCAGACUUCCUCAACGAUUCUGCUCGAGCUCAGAGCUAUACCAAGCCUCUGAGCCAAGAUUGGGACUGGGCCAACGACCGCAUGUUUGGCGUCAACCUCGGAGGAUGGCUCAUCACCGAACCCUUCAUCGCCCCUUCCCUCUACCAGCCCUACGCCAACACUUCGAGCCCUGCCGUCGACGAAUACACUCUCUCGAACCAAUGGCUCAGCGAGGGCGGCCAGGCAAACCUUGAAAAGAAGAUGCGAGACCACUACGAUAACUUCAUCACCGAGCAAGACUUUGCCAUGAUUGCUGGAGCUGGUCUGAACUGGGUGCGGCUUCCGAUUGGUUUCUGGGCCUUUGAGACAAUCAGUGGCGAGCCGUACUUGGCAAAGGUUUCUUGGGAGUACGUGCUUAAAGCCAUCAAGUGGGCCCGCAAGUACGGUCUCCGCAUCAACCUCGACCUCCACGCUGUGCCUGGUGGACAGAACACGUACAACCACUCUGGUCGCCUCAACUCCUUCGCCUGGCUCAACGGUGUCAUGGGCAUUGCCAAUGCUCAGCGCACCCUCAACUACAUCCGCACCAUGAUCGAGUUCACUUCGCAGCCCGAGAUCCGCAAAGUCGUUCCCCUCGUCUCGAUCCUCAACGAGCCCAACAUCCCCCGUGGUAUCGGUUUAGACCAGCUCAAGUCCUUCUACGUCGAGGCCUACACCAUGAUUCGUAACAUCACCGGCACUGGUGAAGGCAAUGGUCCAUUCAUCGGCCUCCACGAUGGCUUCAUGGGCGUCAAUUCGUACAAUGGUUUCCUGACCAACGCUGACCGAGUGGCCUACGACACGCAUCCGUACAUUUGCUUCACGCCGCCCUUUGGUGACUCGUACGAUGCCGGCAUCAGCAACGUCUGCUCGAACUUUGCGCACAACACCGACUCGGCUCUGGCUAGCAAUGGAGCCUACAUGGCUGGCGAGUGGUCGCUCGCGCUCAAUGACUGCGGUCUCUAUCUCAAUAAUGUCAACCAGGGCACUCGUUACGAGGGCACCUACCCUGGCUCGACUCAGCGCUAUGGCUCGUGCGAGGGUUGGGACAACUGGCAGAGCUUUGAUGACACUCGCAAGGCCAACCUGAAGCGUUUCGCCAUUGCUCAGAUGUCCAGCUUGCGCAACUUCUUCUUCUGGACGUGGCACAUUGGAAACUCGAUUGACACAGGCGAUACGGUCAAUCCGAUGUGGAACUACAAGCUGGGGCUGCAGCAGGGCUGGAUGCCCACGAACAUCAACGACAUCGUCGCUGGCGCGUGCCAGAACGAGGCCAAAUCGCUGACCAUCUCAAGCUCCUCGACGUCCUGGUCUGGUAGCUUCCAGGCGUGGCAGACCGGCAAAGCUCAGGGCUACAGCAUCAGCACGGGCAGCUACGCAUGGCCGCCCGCGACGCUGCAGACGACCAACGGUCAGGCAACCGCUUCGAUGACGGACCCCGUUUCCAACUUGCCCUCAUAUACGGCUACGGGUCCCAUCCUCACCGUGCCCAGCCCGACGUACUCUGCGACAGUCGCUAAGCAAGCCUUGCCCAGCGUGGGCGCAUGGUUCAACCCGAGCGAUACGGCGCCGAUGUACACGGCCAUCGCUAAUUGCCCCUACCCUACCGACCCAUACUAUAACGGGACGCUGCCCUCUGGCUUUCCCUGCGGAGGCAACAAUGCCAGACGCAGCGAGCCCACAGCCGCGCCGCGAUUGGCAUGACCGCGUUUCCUCAUGGACAGACUCUCUCUCUCUCUCUCCCCCCUCUCUGCUGUGGAAGUGUAUAGUUUUACGUCUCGGUUUCGUCACUGCCAUUCAAACACGUUCAUGCACCGAG